CUUCUCUCUAACCUCCACAACAACAUCGCCGCACCACCUCAGACAGGCAAAAUGUCAGUUACUCUCCAUACGUCGCUAGGCGAUAUCAAGAUUGAAGUCUACUGCGAAAGUGUGCCCAAGACGGCCGAGAACUUCCUUGCCCUCUGCGCAUCGGGCUACUACGAUCAAUCACCCUUUCACCGCCUUAUCCCCAAGUUCAUGACCCAGACCGGAGCUCCCGCGACACCGAACCCCCCCGAGAACCCCAAGGGCGGACGCAGCAUCUGGGGAGGCGCGUUCGAGGACGAGAUUCGACCCGCGCUGCGACACGGCGCGCGAGGUGUCGUGUCCAUGGCCAACAAGGGACCCGGCACGAACGGCUCGCAGUUCUUCAUCACCUUUGACAAGGCACCGCAUCUGGACGGCCUCAACACCAUCUUUGGGCGCGUCAUCGGAGACGAGGGCCUGGCGACCUUGGCCAAGAUGGAGGCUGUCGAGGUUGAUCGGAAGAACAGGCCCAAGGAACCCAUCCGGAUCGAAAAAGUUACGAUCCACGCCAAUCCGAUUGCUGGCUGA